AUGGCGAAUUCAGUAGAAAGGGCGCUUCCACCUCUAGAUUUAACAGGGUCUUCCUCUCAGGUCGCGGAACGAUGGCGACAGUGGAAACGAUCGUAUCAGUAUUACAUCGAUGGCAAGGGAAUUACGAAUCCUUCUCGGAAAACAGCUCAGUUACUUCAUUUAGCAGGUAUGGAAGUACAAGAUAUUUACGAAGAUAUUCCAGAUCCUGGACCACUGAAUGCUAACGAGGAUAAUGAGUAUGUGGUGUGUCUGCGAAAGUUGGAUGCUCAUUUCCGAGCCGAGGACAAUGUACCGUACGAGCGUCAUGUCUUUCGUCAACUUACGCCGACAAAGGGAGAGACCGCCGAUAAGUUCAUGGUUCGUUUACGUAAACAAGCUCGUCAUUGUAAUUUUGGUCCAACUUUGGAAGAAAAUUUACGGGAUCAAUUGAUUGAAAAGUUGCCUAAUGUUGAGCUAAAGAAGAAGCUAUUGGAAGUCGUUAAUAUUACUCUGCAAGCAGCAAUGGAUAAAGUUCGAAAGUGGGAAGCCUCACACGAGCAGGCAGGUCAAAUGGUCAUGCCAAGCCAAGAACCUGGAGCAGGUACUCAUGCAGUUGAAGAACGUCCUGGGCGUGGAGACAAAGGGAAAAGCGUUUGUUUCAACUGUGGUAAAGAAGGUCAUUUUGCCCAAAGUACAAAUUGUCCCGCCCGAGGUCGCAAGUGCAGCAAGUGUGGUAAAUAUGGUCAUUAUGCCAGCUGUUGCAAAGGGGGAAGGAACUCGAAGCCUGGAAAACAAGGUAACAACCAACAACGGGGAGGCAGACAGCAGCGUCAUGGUAAGGGGAGACAGGCAAAUCAUGUUGAGGGUCAUUGUAACGAGUCAGGUGAGGAUGACAGUUUUGCUUUUACUAUAGAAGAACAGACAUGUGCUAUGUCAAAUUCCUCUGAACCCGUUACCUCAGUGAAGAUUGGUGGAAUCAGCAGAGAUGUGUUGAUUGAUUCAGGUUCUGCAAGUAACCUCAUUAGUAAAGAUACACUGCAGGAACUUAAGUAUCAGGGGCUCAAGAUUGAAUUAAAACCUUGUCUGAAGAGAUUGUAUGCUUAUGGGGGUCGAGAGCUUAAAAUUGAGGGCCAGUUUCAGACAGAAGUUUCCGUACCCAAAGCAAAGGUUGUGGCAGAUUUCAUUGUUGUUGAAUCCGGGCGUUGUUUGCUGGGAUAUUCGUCCGCCACAGAUCUUGGAAUCCUUCGUGUGGAUCUCUCGGGAAUUCUUGGGACAGGAGACUGUAACACUGUUGAUGGUACCUUCGUGGGAGGACUCAAAGCAAAAUACCCCAGUGUAUUCCAGGGAAUUGGAAAGCUUAAAGAUUAUCAGUUGAAGCUACACAUUGACCCCAGUGUAACUCCAGUCGUUAAAAAAAUGCGACGAGUACCUUUUUCUGUAAAGGACAAAGUAACUGCCAAGGUUAACGAACUCCUUGAAAAGGACAUAAUUGAGAAAGUCGAGGGGCCUACGGUGUGGGUAAGCCCAGUCGUUGUUGCUCCUAAACCGUCCGGGGACAUAAGGUUGUGUGUCGACAUGCGGAGAGCCAACGAGGCCAUUAUUCGGGAAAGAUUGCCCAUACCAACCAUAGAUGAAGUCCUUGAAAGUCUUAAUGGGAGUGGUGUUUUCUCGAAGUUAGAUUUAAGGUGGGGUUUUCACCAAAUUGAGCUGGAUCCUGAUUCAAGGGAUAUCACUGCUUUUGCCACCCAUGAUGGUAUAUUCCGCUACAAACGUUUGAGUUUCGGUGUAAAUGCCGCACCAGAGAAGUACCAGCAUAUCAUCACCCAGUCAAUGGCAGGUCUACAAGGGGUGUCAAACAUAGCAGAUGAUCUUAUCGUUCAUGGUCGAGACACUGAAGAACAUGAUAAGAACUUACACAGUGUGUUGCAACGUCUUAGUGAGAAGCAGCUGACUUUGAAUGCUGAAAAAUGCACUUUCCGAAUGACUAAAGUGGUAUUCAUGGGUCUUUUGCUGAGUAAGCAUGGCAUCGGCCCAACGGAGGAAAAAGUCAGAGCAGUUGCAGAGGCAAGUCAGCCUCAGACACCCUCAGAAGUCCGUAGCUUCUUGGGGCUCGUUGGAUUCAGUGCCAGGUUUAUACCCGAUUUUGCUACCACUGCUGAUCCCCUCAGAAAACUUGCAAGAAAAGGGGAACCGUUCGUUUGGGGCAAGGAGCAGGAGCAGUCGUUUCAGAGAUUGAAGAGUCAAGUUGCAAGUGCACCAGUCCUAGCUUACUUCGAUAAGGACACACCCACCCGUGUUAUUGCUGAUGCAAGUCCUGUUGGACUUGGCGCCGUGCUGGUGCAAGAAAAGAAUGGGGAAAGCCGUGCCAUCUGUUAUGCUAGUCGUAGUUUGAGUCAAGUGGAGCGUCGUUAUAGUCAGACAGAAAAGGAAGCACUAGCCUUAGUCUGGGCUUGUGAACGCUUCCACCUCUUCUUGUACGGGCUUCCACAGUUUGAUCUGAAGGCACUGACGAAGAUACCGGCGUCAGACAAUUCCGCGGAAGAUGAUGGAUAUGUACGCGCGAUAGCUCUACAUGCUGUCCCCGCUGCAUUGAGAAUCAAAGAGAUUGAACAAGUCUCAGCACAAGACUCUGAGUUGCAAGCACUCAGAAAUUGUCUCAUCGAAGGGAAAUGGGACAAUGCCCCAAAGCAGUAUUUGCCAGUGCGCAAUGAGUUGACUUUUAUUGGCCAUGUAAUUCUCCGGGGGACAAGAAUUGUUAUACCCCAAGCACUUCGCAAGAGAGUCGUUAGUUUGGCACACGAGGGGCACCAAGGAGUCACAAAGACAAAGGAGAGACUUAGAACAAAAGUCUGGUGGCCUGCUAUGGAUCGUGAUGCCGAGAAAAGAUGUGCAGAGUGUUACGGGUGCCAGAUGGUUACAAAGAACGUUCCACCCCCACCAUUGAAGUCAACACCGUUACCCAACAAACCAUGGGAAGAAGUAGCUGUGGAUCUAAUGGGUCCGUUACCUUCUGGAGAACACUUGUUAGUUCUCGUUGAUUAUUACAGCCGGUGGAUAGAAGUUGAUGUUAUCCGAACAACUUCCAGCAAAACCAUAUUGCUUGGAUGCCCAAUUUGCAAGACAUGGGUUGCCUAA